CGCGGACCACACGCCUCAGCCAGCCGGGGCAAGGGCCUAUCAGGGGCGAGUCUGGGCAUCCGAGCGGGUUUGACGGAAGGAGCGGCGGCGACGGAGGAGGAGGAUGGAGGCGGUGGUGUUCGUCUUCUCUCUCCUCGAUUGUUGCGCGCUCAUCUUCCUUUCGGUCUACUUCAUAAUUACAUUGUCUGAUUUAGAAUGUGAUUACAUUAAUGCUAGAUCAUGUUGCUCGAAAUUAAACAAGUGGGUAAUUCCAGAAUUGAUUGGCCAUACCAUUGUCACUGUAUUAAUGCUCAUUUCAUUGCACUGGUUCAUUUUCCUUCUCAACUUACCUGUUGCCACUUGGAAUAUAUAUCGAUACAUUAUGGUGCCGAGUGGUAACAUGGGAGUGUUUGAUCCAACAGAAAUACACAAUCGAGGGCAGCUGAAGUCACACAUGAAGGAAGCCAUGAUCAAGCUUGGAUUCCACUUGCUCUGCUUCUUCAUGUAUCUUUAUAGUAUGAUCUUAGCUUUGAUAAAUGACUGAAGCUGGAGAAGCCGUGGUUGAAGUCAGCCUACACUACAGUGCACAGUUGAGGAGCCAGAGACUUCUUAAAUCAUCCUUAGAACCGUGACCAUAGCAGUAUAUAUUUUCCUCUUUGAACAAAAAACUAUUUUUGCUGUAUUUUUACCAUAUAAAGUAUUUGAAAACUAUGAAUUGAGUUUCUGUAGAUUUCUAGUUCUCAACUUUAGCCUGAAUGCCAACACUUGAAGGUGUUUUUCAUCAUCUGUAUGUCGAAGGUGGUUAUUUGUAUGUAGGAAUGGGACUGCCAUCCCAGCUUUGCAUGCCAAAGAAAUAAAGAACACACUUUAAAGGGCAAACUGAAGAGAUGAGCGAGCAAAGAAAGGUGCCCUUCAGGUCUACUGAAAAGUUAGAGUACAAAGAACACUGUUGAUCUGGACAGAAGAAGAAAAAUUUAAUUACCCUUUUUGCCUGUGUUGUGGCAACUUCAUUUAAUAUGGUUUAAAGAUUUAUGAGACUGUCAGCUAAAAGUCUUUUCACAAGAAUGUCAACAGAAAAUGGCAUUUCAAAAUAUAUAUAUUUCUUUGUACAAUUUGUGAAACCUUAUAAGCCAUUUUCCCCAGGUACAAUGUAGUUCCUGCUGAUAGAAAGGAAAUAUUUUGUCAAGAGCUUUCAUUUAAAAGCCACUACCUCCAUAAUCACCCCCAAACCCAGAAAAUCCCCACUGGCUCUUGCCAGUCUGGUUUUCAUAUUGUAGUUUUUCCAAUUGUAUUUGAUCUCCCUGAUAAUGUAUUUUAAUGUGUUUGGGUAGAAGAUGCCAAUCAGGUUGGAAGCAGGAGUAGUCAUUCACUGUUCGUGAAAUUGAGCCUUUUGGUGCGCCACGUGGUGCCAGAUUAACCCUUCUAUCCUUCUGCACUGACCACGCUGUGAGUUGGGAGACCAAAUACAAGCCAUUUCAUGGACAUAGCAAUACACAACCAAACUCUGUUCCUUGGAGCUAUAUUGUAAACUCUUGCAGUUGGGAGAGGAGUUCACCUCCUCAGCUGUUUGCUAGCUCUUACAGGGUAAAAUAAACCUGGCAAUUUAUCCUCA